AAAACUUCUCAGAGAUGAAGGACGACAAUUUAUCUGCUGUUCUAUAUGGUGUAGAUGAUAUUCGUCUCGAACAACGCGAAAUUCCUGUACCAAACGAUAAUCAGCUGCUAAUCAGAGUGCACACGGUUGGAAUAUGCGGUUCUGAUGUACAUUACUGGCGACAUGGCGCGAUUGGAAGUUACGUUGUGAAGGAACCAAUGGUGCUUGGGCACGAGACCAGCGGCGUAGUUGCUGGCAUGGGCGCAAAAGUCAAAGGAUUCAAGGUCGGAGAUCGCGUGGCUUUGGAACCCGGAGUUCCUUGCCGGUUUUGUCACCAUUGCAAGACAGGCAGAUAUAAUCUUUGCCCUGAUAUGCACUUCUUCGCCACGCCCCCAGUCCACGGAACCCUGACGAGAUAUGUGAUCCACGAUGCCGAUUUCUGUUUCAAAUUGCCAGAAACUGUCACCUUCGAGGAAGCUGCCCUACUUGAGCCCUUGUCCGUUGGUGUUCAUGCCUGUCGACGAGCGAACAUUGGAAUUGGACAGAGCGUCUUGGUGCAAGGAGCAGGACCAAUAGGAACAUUAUGUAUGAUGGUAGCAAAAGCAAUGGGAGCAGCACAAGUGGUGAUCACGGAUUUGGACGAAAAUCGCUUAACACUUGCUAAGACAUUAGGAGCUGACCAUGUUGUUUGCGUCAAGGGAAUGUCGAUAUUGGACGUUCAGAAUGCAGUACUCGAUUGCUUACAAUGUGAACCCGAUGCAACCAUAGAAUGUACUGGAGCGCAGGCUUGCAUGGAGUCAUCUAUCUUGAUUACCCACUCAGGAGGAGUGAUCGUCAUGGUUGGUCUUGGCGCACCGCGGAAUGAUCUACCUAUCAUAGACUCCUGCCUGAGGGAGGUGGACAUCAGAGGUGUUUUCAGAUAUGCAAAUUGCUAUCCGACAGCAUUGAAUCUUAUCGCAUCAAGACGAAUAGAUUUGACAGGGCUCACAAAGGCGCAUUAUAAACUAAAAGAGGCAGAGGAGGCCUUUCGAAGAGCACAAAUGGUGGACGUCAUCAAAGUCUUCAUUCAUUGUCAAGAAUGAAAUUCGUGUUUGUUGAGUACAUGCAUAUCUGGGCGCUUAAUGAGAAACAACUGAGAUUCGCGAGGUUCGCAA